AUGGUGGGACUUGGAAUACAGCGGCGCAGCGUGCUAGAGCACGGGCUAGUGGCGGACUGGGACGUCAUGGAGGAGUACUGGUGCCACCUCUUCAACCGUCGCGUCUGCGUCGAGCCACAGGAUGUCGGCGUGCUGCUGACCGAGCCGGCUGUCACCCCUUAUGAGCAGCGAGAGAGAACAGCGGAGAUUUUGUUCGAGAGUUUCGGGGUACCGAAACUGUUCAUCGGCUCACAGGCACUCUUCUUACUCCACAGCGUUGGCGACAGGUGUGACACAGCCGUGGUGGUGGAGAGCGGUGCUGGCGUGACCCAGGUGGUGCCGAUCGUCGCGGGUUACGCCGUAGCCGCCGCAGCGCGUCGUUUUCCUGUAGCGGGCCUGGAUGUCACGCAGUACGUGCUGAACAACCUGCGGGAGCACGAGCAGGGCAUCGAGAUGGAGCAAGCGCUGGAGGUGGCGGAGCAGGUAAAGGUGCGCUACGGCUGCAUGGCAAAGGACUUCGCGCGCGAGUGUGCAGAGGCCGAAUCGAAGUUGCCUUCCUACGCGAUCCGCAACACCGAGCUGCACACGCGCGCUGGGGCCCCGUACUCUAUCGAUGUGGACUAUGAGCAACUCUUAGUCCCGGAGACGUUGUUUCAGCCGGAUUCGCUCGCUGCACCGUCGACCGUCACCGCCUCCCUGUUCGGUGGUCUCCCUGCCGUGAUCGACGCUGUUGUGUGGUCCUGUCCGAUGGACUGCAGGCGGUCACUGUACGCAAACGUCAUCGUCUCCGGUGGCAACACGCGCCUCCCCUACUUUGCGAAACGUCUGCACGGCGCGCUACGACAUGCCUUGGAUGAGCGUGCCACCGGCGUCAUCGCUGCCUCGGGUGGCCCUCUGGGCCGUCAAGUCGAGUACGAGGUGAACGUACGCGAUUAUUCACAGGCAAUGCAUGCUGUAUGGAGAGGGGCCAGCGCCUUCGCUGCUAGCCCAGAGUACGAGACGUCAGCCGUCACGCGAGCGGCGUACAUGGAGUGUGGUGCUGCUGUGAUGCACCAGCACCACAUCUAG